CAUUUAGCUGGCCAACCAACAGCCAGUUUCUGUAUAACCAAACUACAGCUUUGAGAAAUGGCUGACGAUAAAGAAAUAGAGAAAACGAUCGCAGAAGACUUGGUUGUCACCAAGUAUAAGUUAGCUGGGCAAAUUGUUAAUCGUGUUUUAGAGCAAGUAAUUGCAAGAUGCGUACCAGACGCGUCUGCGCGUGAAAUAUGUGAAUUCGGAGACAAGUUGUUACUGGAGGAAACUUCAAAAGUCUUUAAAAAGGAAAAGGAUUCGAAGAAGGGCAUAGCAUUUUCAACAUGCGUCUCUGUUAAUAAUUGUAUAUGUCACUUUUCACCAAUACCUAGCGAAACCGACUACAUCCUGAAGCAGGGUGAUCUUGCUAAAAUCGAUUUGGGUGCCCACAUAGAUGGUUUCAUUGCUGUUGUAGCACAUACAGUUGCAGUCGGAGGUGGUGAAGUCACUGGCCGAGCUGCAGAUGUACUCCUUGCUGCCCAUUUGGCUAGUGAAGCAGCCUUGAGACUGCUAAGGCCUGGAAAUGAAAACUAUGCAGUAACAGAUGCUGUCCAGAAAAUAAGCGCUGAGUAUGCAUGCAAACCAAUUGAAGGUAUGUUAUCUCACCAGUUAAAACAAUUCAGAAUUGAUGGAGAAAAGAGCAUUAUCCAAAAUCCUUCAGAAGCACAAAGGAAGGAACAUGAGAAAGCAACCUUUGAAACUUACGAGGUUUACGCUAUGGAUGUGCUUGUUUCAACAGGAGAAGGUGUUGGACGUGAAAUGGACACAAGGUGUACAAUAUACAAGAAAACCGAUGAAGUGUAUCAACUAAAGUUAAAAGCAUCUAGAAUGUUUUAUAGUGAGGUUAGGAACAAACAUGGUUCUAUGCCUUUUAAUCUGCGUAGCUUCGAUAAAGAGACAAGUGCCAGAUUGGGAGUUGUUGAAUGUGUCAACCAUAAGCUAAUUGAGCCUUUCCAGGUGCUAUAUGAAAGACCGGGCGAACUAGUAGCACAGUUCAAGUUUACUGCCUUGUUGCUCCCGAGUGGCACUCACCGCAUUACUGGCCUUCCCUUCGACAAGAGUCAGUGCAAGACUGAACGGACAAUUAAAGAUCCCGAAUUAAAUGCCCUCUUGAACUCGUCUGCAAAAAGCAGCAAAAAAAAAAAGAAGAAAGCAGGAGUUGAAGAACCAAUGGAAGUUGAAACAGCUGCCUAGCAACUGAAUUUGUUUUUGCCUGAGGACACUUAAUAUAAUUCAGCAGCUUUCUCAAACCUCCCACAUGGACAUUACCUGACCACACCAUACAGUGAUGAAAAUUAGCAAUAAAUGAAGCUUUUUGAUAUAGCUUUCAAUGACUGUAAAAUUGUUCAUUUUAAGCUAUUAACUAAAUCAACAUGAGAUUGACAAAUCAGCUAUGAAAUUAUUGUUAUUGUUUACAUUUUUAUGUACAAAAAUAUAAACCAUUAUUUGUUCAUACUUACAGUAGCACACGUGUAGGUGUCACAUACAAUCCAUCAUCAAAAGCAUGUUAUUUGCAAAAAUCGUAACAAAAUACUUGUAAAUACCCUCCAUUUAGAAUUCAUUGAUUACAUUUGUAUGAAAGCAUAUUCUAAAAAUUAGAUCAUUCCUCAUGGAUUGUUAAAAAAAAUGUGCACAAAUUUUUUUCUGAACAUUACUUUAUCAGUGCAAUUAAGUGACUUGCAUCAUUACUGUUUUGAUGUUGAGCCAUCAUAAUUUCCUACACUAAUCUUCAGAUUAAUAUAAUUUAAUAUAGAUAUAUUUUUAUUUUAUUUCAUUCUACUUAACUGGAAAUAUUUCAAAAUUAUAGUAUGCCUGUACAUUAUUAGCUCCAUAAAUAUGAUGGCUAUAUUCUAUUUCUAAAUAUUAGGAUCUCUACAUUUGGUAUUUAAAUACAUUGUUACAUAAAAAUUAUUUAUGGAACUAAUAAUAUAGUGAAUAUAAUUGAAUGAGUGACAUUGAGAAAAUAAAUCAAACUGCCACAUGAUUGUGGUCCCUUUUUUGUAA